AUUUCUCUCUUUCUCUUUCUUUCUCCCCUCGUCAGAAUUAAAUACAAAAUGCAGAUAUUUGUAUCUCAUAUAUAGUCAUAAAUAUGAAUUUUAAAUACGAUGCACACGUCCCCGACUAUUCUCGCAAUUGGUGCAACUUGAUACGUAAGUACUUCAUUACUGUUCACUACGCCGAGUUCGCGGUGUGCAUGCAGAUCGCAGCGCAGCAGAGAUCGCACUCGCUGAGGCGAUCGCGGAUGUUGCGAACGCGGCGAGGUUGGUAGCGCCGAUUGGCUAGGCGUGACGCUAGGCGCGGAACGCGACGAACCGGACCGAGCCGAACAUGGUGCGAGGCGAAACGUGAGGCUGCUCACUACUCCGCGUUGUCUAACGGAUAUCGAUUGGUCCCGGCGUGGGCACCGCGCGCGUCAUGCGGCGAUCAUGAACGGCGUGCCCCCGCGCGACGACGACGACGACGACGACGAGGCCCGGAUCGCGAACUCGCCGCGGCCGAUUUAGCGUCGAGAUUGCUAAUUGCUUUACAACUUGUCAUUGCUGUUUUUUAUUCAUAAUGGACCAUGCGCAAAGUACAAGCGAAUAUACAAGUAUGGAGUUUGUAAGGCAGUUGUACAUUGCCUAUAAUACUUUUUCUCAGGGGGUAACAUGGAAAUAUCAAAAAUUCUGGCUACUAUAGACUUUCCAGUGUACAACUGAAGCAAACGAAAUCUGAAAUGGACUCCCCGCCAUCAUGUUCACUGAGUGCUGGGCCUCUCAGUGAUCUUGGUAGCAGUGGCCUGGGGGGUUCAAUAUCCAGCGAUUCUGUUAGAGCACAUCUUGCGAUGGAGAUGCAGGAGAGUGAUAUAGAGAGCAAAUCUCUAUCGCAAGAUUCUUUUGAUUAUUCGGAUGGCAUGUGUGGCGAAAAUUUUAACACCCUGAAGAAGGGUCCAGGCUGGGGUGACACGGACGGCAAGUUGGAGGUCGAUGUGGCGAUCAAGCCACCACCAGAGUUUCAGGAUAGUCCGUCACCACCAGACUCGGAGUCUUUGUCGAUGCCGAUUCUGAAUUAUGCACGGUUAAUGCAUAGACGCAGAACACCGCGAUGGAUCGACGAUUAUGCCGAAAAUCUAGUGCAAUCGGUGAUAGAGGAAGCAUUAGCAAUUUCUUGUCGCAUCUCUUGGCCAGAGGGUAGGAUCGCGCCUGUUACAAAUCCAGUUCCAGUCGUGACUCGAUCCCAACAGAUCAAUCUUAAACGCAUGUGGGAUCUAAUGACGCCACCAGUAUGCCAGGGAGCUGCUACCAUCACUAUUACUCCGUAUAAUACACUGAACCGGCCAAAUUCACGCUGCUCUCUGGCUUCCUCGCGGCUAUCCAGUUCACACAAUUCCAUCAAUACUACUGGGCUUGGGCAUAAGGCUGAUGAUAGCAGCUUCAUCACAUCCGCGAUGUCGCAUGAUGUGUUAACUACAAGUGAGAUUAGCGACAUGUACAAUGUACCCUUUGAUUCGGACAUUUACACAGUGCCAAUCGACGUGGUGCGACCGCUGCAUGAUUUGCGAACGCCACAGAGACCCAAACGACAUCGACAUCAUCGCAAGAGACGGCGAAACGUUUCCGCGAGUUCGCAGAGCGAGUUGGAAGCACACAUCCAGCAAGCACGUCAUUAUUGUGGCAAGUCUCGCGCCAUCACGCAUGUUAUUAAAUCGCAGCGCCUGUUGGCUGAUGUGUGCUGCAACGAGGGCAAUCCUACUGUCGGUGGCGGCAGUGGUGGUAUUGGUGUUGGCAGUGGCAAUAGCGGCGGCAGCGGAGGUGGAGGUAGUGGUGGCGGUAAAAGACACAGCGUGCCAGGCACUUCCGGUCGUCAUAAUGUCAAAGCAUCAAAUGGACAUGCACACAAUAUCGGUGAGCCGAUCCACAUGACACUACACGAGGUGCGACAGUACCUGCAAACGUUGUACUCGAGCUCUAGCGAUUCUAGUGAAAACAAGAUCAAACGAGACAAGGCUCCUCUACUAGGCCAUACGCCGGUACAUCUCGCAGCAACACCCAAGCCCCUCAGUGUAAAUAAUAAUAAUAGGUAUAACAGUAAUGCGCACACGGACUCGUCCACGGAUACACCGGUGUUCAAUAAGAGUACUAGCAACGGCCUGAUGAUCCACCACCAUAAUAAUAAUAAUAAUAAUAAUAAUAAUAAUAAUAACAAUAAUUCUAAUAAUGCAAAGAAGCAUAAAAGAAACGCAUUCGUUGGCAUUAGGCACAAGAAAGUGCGUGACGAAUCGCAUAAGGAGAAGAGUGAAUCUGAAAGGGAAAAGAUAAAAAAAAGUCAGCGUAACUUCUCACUAAAUCUCAAGCAGACGCUCUGUAAUAUCUUCCGAUUUCGACGACUAGGCUCUCCGGACCACUUUGUAGAAAAACGAAAUAGCAUCGUGCAGGGUGAAAUUGUUGAGGAAGAAGAAGGUGUUGACUCUGACCAGCAUGCAAACAACAAUAACACCGCUCCGUCUGAGGUAGAGCCGUCCGCACAAAAGUUGCCAUUUUUCAAGCGCGCUCUGCCACCUUUGCCUAAGAGUAACAGUCAAGUCGGUGUGGAGCAGGCAGAGGAGGCCCUUACAGCGAUGGCACCCAAGUGCGAAUCUCCGAGUUCGGCACAGCAGCAAGUUCCAUCGAUCAGACCAGAAGCCGUGCGACCAGAAGAGGAUACUGCGGAGGAUACAAGCAUGGAUUUCGCAGCCAGUAUCGAGAAAGUGAAGGAUUACGGAUGGUAUUGGGGACCUAUAUCGGGUGAAGCGGCGGAGAAAAUACUAUCCAAUGAGCCAGAUGGCUCUUUUAUUGUGCGAGAUAGUAGCGACGAUCAUUACAUCUUUUCCUUGUCGUUCAGACUCAACAGCUGUGUACGACAUGUAAGGAUAGAACACGAUCAGGGUAAUUUUAGCUUCGGCAGCUGCACAAAAUUCAAAUCGCAUACUAUUGUUGACUUUAUUGAGAACGCAGUCGAACAUUCGCGCAGCGGUCGUUAUCUCUUCUUCUUGCAUCGGCGACCGGUCCUGGGCCCGAUGCGAGUACAGCUGCUCCAUCCAGUAUCGCGCUUUAAACAGGUACAGAGCCUGCAGCACACGUGCAGGUUCGUCAUCCUGAAGAUGGUGCGCAGGGACUUGAUCCCGACUUUACCAUUACCCCGCCGGCUCAUCGACUAUCUCAGCACGCCCCAUUAUUACAGCGAACAGUUGGCUGCCGAACAGGAUGACCGAGCCGAAUCACCAGUCAGUUCGUCGACCGGCGAACUGGAAAAGAUCUGUUUCACGCCACAGGGUCUCUCGUGAGGUACAACUGUGUGACUUUUUCCUCCUCCUUCGCUCCGCUCUCUGUGCAAAGAGAUACUUGCGCUGAAUGCCGCCUUCGGCGUUAAUGCAAAUUUAAUUCAGUUUAAUUAAAUAUCCACAAUAUGUAAAAAUUGUCGCCGUUUGAUUCUGCCGACGAGCAAAAA